UGCUCUGCCCCACCCCAAAGAGGAGACGCCACCAAAUUAAACUCUCUCUCUCUCUCUCUCUCUCUCUCAAAGUCUCUCUCUCUCUACCCCAUUUCCGGGAAGCUCAGCAGCCAUGGACGAUGCCGGGGGAGAAGAAGAAGCUUCCAUGUUCGAGACCAGCCAUGUCCUCGGCGCCCUGCUGGCCUCCUCGCCGCUGCUGGCGCGCGCCUGGGACCGCUGCGUGGCCGCUACCGCCGCUGCGGGAGCCGCCGCCCCAGGGUUCUUGCACGGCGAGGACGGCGGCACGGUGUACGUGGCGUUCUCCGGGGUGAAGGCCGCGCUGUCGGCUGCGGACGCGGGCGCGGCGGUGGCCGGCGGCAGCGCCGACGCCUUCGCGCCGGUGGGGCUCGGCGGGGACGCUGCGCUGCGGCUGUUCGCGCCGCUGGUCGCCGCCGAGCCGGACGCGGCCGCCGGGGAGCCGGUCGCCGUGCAGGCGCUGGCUCUGCAGCGCUUCUUGAAAUUGUGCGGCUCCCCUGAUUUCCAGAUGCUACUGAAUCAGAUCAGGGGCAAGGCAGUCGUGUUCACGGGUCACUCCCUCGGUGGCGCCAUUGCAGCCCUCGCGGCGCUGCGCUACCUCUGCAUCUCGUCAUCAAGCUCGACAUGGGGCUCGGCUCCUCAGGUCCUAUGCAUCACCUUCGGAAGCCCAUUGCUCGGCAACGAAGCCCUGUCCAGGGCCAUCCUGCGUGAGCGGUGGAGCGGCAACUUCUGCCAUGUCGUCUCGCAGCACGACAUCGUCCCAAGGCUCCUCUUCUGCCCUCUGGACCUCGUCCCUGCACACAUCAUCAUUGGAAUGCAGCUGCAGCAAUGUCCAGCGGGCCUCCGCCAUUCCAGCGCGGUGACCGUGGCCACCACGCGCAUGGCAGACACUGACCAGGACACGCUCCGGCAGCUGAUACAGAUGCACGUUGGCGCGGUGGCAUUGGAGCAGAAGCUUGCUGCUCCGGCGACGCCUGGCGGGAGCCCGUACCGGCCAUUCGGAACGUACGUUCUGUGCUCUCCGAACGGCGCGGCGUGCCUGGACAACCCAAUCGCCGCUGUUCAAAUGCUCUACGCCACCUUUGCCUCUCGGUGCUCGCCCGGUGAGGAUUCCCCGGAGGCUGCGCACUCCUGCUAUGGCGACCUCGUGCUGAAAAUGCCCCAGCACUUGCUCCUCAAGAGACGCCUGAGCGUCGAGGACGCGCCGUCCUCGUCCAACUACGACGCCGGCGUCUCACUGGCUCUGGAAGCCUCCGGCAUCGGCGCCAAGCGGCGGCAGGCGACGGAGGCAUCGACGGCACGGCAGUGGCUGAAGACGUCGAAGAGGGCGGUGCGGCGGCCGAGCCUGAACUGCGCUCACCUGGCGACGCGCCUUGGCCGGAUCACGCCGUGCCGUGCGCAGAUCGAGUGGUACAAGGCGUUGUUCGACGUCGAGACGGGGUACUACGACGCAUUCAAGCAGCGGCGGUCGUUCAAGAAGUUCAGCAAGGCCAACAUGAACCGCAUCAAGCUGGGUCAGUUUUGGGACGGCGUGCUCGCCAUGCUCGACGCGGGCCAGCUCCCCCACGACUUCCACCGCCGGGCCAAGUGGGUCAACGCCGCUCGCUUCUACCAGCUACUCGUCGAGCCGCUUGACAUUGCCGACUACCACCGCAACAACCUCCACCGGACGCGCGGCAGCUACGUGCCUAACGGACGUGAGAGGAGGUACGAUCUUUUCGACAGGUGGUGGCAGGAGAAGGGAUGCACCGGCGCUGGCGGCGACACCAUGUCCUCCACCUCGGCAGCGUCGGCGAGCUGCAGGAAGCGGAGCAAGUACGCCGGGUUGACGCAGGACCCGUGCUUCUGGGCGAGGGUGGAGGAGGCGAGGGAGCAGACGGAGAGCGUCCGGAGCGACCGCGACGCUGCGGAGCUGGCGAUGAAGCUGAAGGUGCUGCAAGAGUUCGAGCGCUACUCCAGCGAGCUGGUGGCGAGCAGGGAGGUGUCCGUCGACGUGCUCGCACCGCAGUCGAGCUACACACUGUGGCUGGAGGAGUGGAAGCAGCUCAAGCUCCGGGAUGAAGUGAGGACAAUGUUGCUUCAGUUUUGAGCUAGUCUGCAAAUUGCUCAAGACUCCUUAAUUAGCAAUUUCCAGGUAGUUUGGAUAUAUAUGGUAUAAUGGAUGGAUGGAUGCUAUUAUAGGUGAUUGUAAAUAUAUUUAGACAUGUAGAUGCAAUGUAAUGGAUUACAAUCUAUUUGUUCUUUGAUGGGUACCUUGACGGCGAUUCGGUUAAAUUGCCGCUUGUUCUUGGCA